UCUGUUUCUAAUACCAACAGAGAGGGUUUUACUCAUUGAUGCAUCAUUGUGGAAGAUAUUUAGGAGCCGCUGCCUGCUGACAACAUCCUAACAUUGUGAUACUCUUGGCCAGUGAAAACCAGUUCCUUGUUGGCGCAUUCAAUGCACAAUGGAUUCUUUCUACACAAACUCUACCAUGGUCCCCAACAACACCACAGCUCUUAGUACCGGAUUUGACCUGGAAUGUAGAGAUAAUCCAGCUGGGAUUGCAUUCUGGGUGGCUAUGGGGACUCUAACUGCUAUUCUGGGAUUGCCAGCCAGUGUGACAGUGCUGUGGAUUUUACUGAGGAGAAAAACUGCCAUCUUAUCUUCUGAGGUGUUCAUAAUGAACCUGGCUGUCGUGGAUACUUUGUAUUGCCUCAAUACACCCCUUGCUAUAUAUAAUUACUGCUUUCUAAAGAAUAUAAUUGCUUACUCAGUAGUAUUUUUUCUACUUAAUUUGAAUGUGAUCGGGGGUCCUCUGUUCCUUUGCUGUAUCUGUGUGGAGCGUUACAUGGCCGUGGUGCAUCCAGUCACCUACCUGGGGCUCAAGUCGCUCACCUAUAGAGUCCUGUGCUGUGCUGUGGCAUGGGCUAUUAUUUUCCCCUUCUCCUUCUACCUAAGUAUAACAGCCUUUGAAUACCCUACAUAUGCAGUCUCAGGUGUCAUUUCUGCCUUUUUUAUUUUCAUGGUGUUCUGUAACAUCUCUAUCCUGAGGGUCCUGAGGAAGUCUGCACCAGGGAGAGACGAGAUCCAUCCCAUGAAGAAGAAAGCCUUGCAGAUGGUUUUUACCAUUUUAAUGAUUGUGUUAUUUUCCUAUUUACCAAUAGUAGCUAUCUUCCCAUUUAAAUCAUAUUUCAAUCCUAUGACAUUUCAAUGUUAUAUAAGCCCAGUAUGCUAUAGCUUUAUUAUGCCCAGGCGCUUCAUACAGCCUUUGCUCUACCUGUCUAAUGUGGGUGCAUUCUCUCGUGUGCAGUUUCCAUGCAAUGGGAUGUGCUGUAUAGCACUGAGCCCCAGUCAAUGAAGUCAACAUAUUCCAUUGUCGAGCAAGUAGCUUCAAAUUGAAUGUGUCUGUCCUUUAACUAUUAAGAUAUUUUGAAUAGAGAAGCCAGGAGAGACAGCAGCUUGGAUUUGUGCUGUCAAUUUCAAAACAGCUACAAGCACCUCAAUCAGACAAUACAUAAAUAUCACUGGAACUCAUUAUUUAAGAAGCAGCCCUCAGACCAACUCAGAGCAGUUGCUAACAUCAUUACAUAUUUGAAAUGUCAUGUUAAGCUAAUUGCUCUAUAAGGGAUUUUUAACUGUUUAAUGCUGCUCUUUAUGGGCUGAUUUCUUAAAGUAACUUCAGGGAGUCUUUGUUGUGUGAAAGCCGUGUGCCUCUCUAUUGUAGAUAGACCCACUUAGUCCUGUUAGCUGGGUUAGACUACACGUCAAAGCUUCACUUCAUUUUAGUGUAUAAUAUACAUGUUUUACUUAGAAUAAGAAGACAUUAGGAAUUAAAUUAACUGGUAGGGUGGCUAUCACAUAUAAUAAGCAUAGCCUUGUAAUGCUGUCUUUUUUAUAUUUUAGCAAAAUAUGUAUUUUUGAAUAUUUAAUAUUUUAAUACAUUCUUCUAAAGAUAUGAACUGCAAAGCAGCAACAUUUACAGAAGUGUGCAAAUGUGUUAGAACAUCUCCUGACUGGUCACUUAUAUCUUUUAUAUAGUAACCUGCAUGAAAACCUCUGGGUGUGAGAAUUUACAUUUCAACAGUAAUCAGUGAUAUAGAAACAAUAGGCACUCAUGUGAGAAAAUGUUAGACCACUUUGUGCUUUAAAUAGGCAUCAUAAACAACUUCUAAAAAGUCUCCUGCAUUUCACCAUUUGUAUUUAUAUGUUCCUUUUCUCUUUACUAUUUUAAAUGAAUUGCAUAUUAAAGUCAUCAAUUAAAUUAGACUAUCAUUAAUUUGCCUAUUUUGAUAAUGUUCCCAUAUUUUCAGUUGCAGUGCUUUGAUUUCAUAUGCACAAUACCUCUAAAGUACAGAAGCAAUGGGGUGUUCUAAUAAAUGUGCCCGUACUGUAACCCAUAUGUUUCUUAUUGUUUGAUUGUGUUACAGGGUGAUACAGUGCUGUCACUGUAAAAAAAAUGACCUGCUCUGUCUCAGAUGAACUUCUCAUGCUUAUUUUUGUUAAACAUGUUCAAAUCGGUUGCAGACAUCAUUACAACUUUGAAAUGUCAUGUUAAGCUAAUUGCUCUAUAAGGGAUUUUUAACUGUUUAAUGCUGCUCUUCAGGGAGUCUUUGUUGUGUGAAAGCCGCGUGCCUCUCUAUUGUAGAUAGACAC